AAGGAACUAAAAAAAAACUUCCAUGUGAGAGCCAAGACUUGGAGGCGAAGGUACGAGGGUUUAGUCAUUAGGGUUUCCGUUUCGGCGGGCUGCGAUUUGAGUUGAAGGCGGGAGCGUCUCCGGCGAAGUAGUAGAGCUGGUGUGUCGUCCAGUAAUACGACGAGCAGAAGCACAAGCAGCAGCCGGAGAUGCAAACGGAGGCGCGAGUGGGAGUCGUGGUCGAGAGUGGCGGCCAGAUAAUGAGACGCCAGCAGUAUCAGGCUUUGAAAGAUCAGCCGCAGAUUGGGGCGGCGGCGCACCUUAUUUCCGGCGGUGUCGCAGGCGCCUUCAGCAAGACGUGCACGGCUCCUCUUGGUCGGCUUACGAUUCUGUUCCAGGUACAAGGUAUGCAUUCAGAUAUCGCAACUCUAAGGAAAGCCAACAUUUGGCGCGAAGCUUCUCGCAUUGUUCAUGAAGAAGGAUUUAGAGCAUUUUGGAAGGGGAAUUUUGUGAUGAUUGUUCAUCGCUUACCAUAUUCCUCAAUAAACUUCUAUGCUUUUGAUCAAUACAAGAAAGUACUUCAAUUGCUUCCUGGGCUUGAUAAGCAUGGAGACGGUUCAGCUCAUGUUGGUGUGCGGUUUUUAUCAGGAGGUUUGUCUGGAAUAACUGCUUCCACCAUGACAUAUCCACUUGACCUUGUUAGGACUCGUCUUGCCGCGCAGACAAAUACUAUGUAUUAUAGGGGCAUUUCACAUGCUCUGUUUGCCAUCUGUAGAGAUGAGGGUGCAAAAGGAUUGUACAAGGGACUUGGAGCAUCUUUACUGGUUGUUGGUCCUAAUUUAGCAAUCAAUUUUUCUGUUUAUGAAACUCUGCGAUCCAAUUGGAAACUCAAGAGGCCAAAUGAUUCUUCUACCUUGGUGAGUUUGGCUUGUGGAGGUCUCUCUGGAAUUGCCUCAUCAACAUUGACAUUCCCACUCGAUCUCGUGAGGCGAAGAAAGCAAUUGGAGGGCUCUGCUGGAAGGGCUCGCGUGUACAAAACCGGCAUUCUCGGGACAUUCAGGCACAUAAUAAAGGCAGAAGGGUUCCGAGGUUUAUACAGAGGCAUCUUGCCUGAAUACUACAAAGUGGUUCCUGGUAUGGGCAUUGCUUUCAUGACCUACGAAUCGAUGAAGUCAAUCCUCGCAAGUGAGAUAUGAAUGGACGAUCGAUGCUUCGAGCCUGAUACAUGCUAACAACACAGCAUUCGAUCGCUGAUCUCUACCUAUUGGCACAUUUUAGAGUCUUAUAUAAUUGUUCCCUUCCCAAUGGAAUAGAUUGGCAGUGAGCUCUGCUGCUGCUGCUGCCGCUGCCACAGAGUUUUGUUCUUCGUAUAGGUUAGUAAACAGUUGGAUCGUGUGUAACAGAUUCAAACCGUCACUGUUUUAUUUUCAUAAAUCUUGAAACUUUAGUUAUCAA